AUGUCGCCUUCAUUCGUCGACUAUAUAUCACUCAUGGAAAAUUGUUUUCAAUCUAAACAAAAAAGGUCGUUAAAAGCUAUUGAACACGAUCAUCUUUAUGAACAUAAAUCAGAAAACGGUGUAAAAAAGAAGCAGCAAUUUCAACAAACAUUACCUUCUGGUAUAGAAAAUUCAAAAAAUAAUUUAUUAUCAGACAUAACGACGGUCGUAACUAGCACUAGUGAUGAAAAAUACGAAGAUUUUAACCGUUAUUUAUACAAACGACAACAAAAUAAUUUAUCAUCAAAAUAUUCACGUCAAACGAGAAAACAAAAAUACGACGAGAUGCAUCGUCUAUCAGAACAGUAUGAAAAAUUGAAUGAUGAACUCGAAUUUAAAAUAUUGAUAACAAAUAAAAUUAUAGACGAAUUAAAGUUUAAAUUAGCUCAACAUUUACUGCCUUAA